AUGGCGAUGUGUACGAAUAAGCUCGCGCGGUGUUCGAAAAACCCAAUUUUCUCGGUGUUAACGCGGAAUUUAAGCCACAAAACCAGUGCAAGACCGUGGUACCAACAUCCGACAGUGCGGUACAUCUUUGUGGUAAGCGGUGGCCUGCUCGCCUUUACCGCAGCAACGUACAAAAGUCGCCCAAAAGUUUACGCCCUGCAGCUCCGGAAGGAUGAAAUCGCGGACAAGGCCAUUAAGCUAACGGCGCGCGAGCGGCGCUUCAUCAAGUUCGCCUCGGUCGAGUUCGAUGGACAGAUUUACAUGACACCGCAAGACUUUCUGGAGUCGGUCGUCGAGCAGGAACCACGACCCCGCCUCAAGAGGAAGUCAUUAACGCAUGCCGAGGUCCAGCAGCUCAAAGACUACACUCCACCGCUGAAGCACGGUUCGUCGCAGCUUUUCCGCAGUCUGCGUGACAAAGGCAUCAUUUCUUACACAGAGUAUCUUUUCCUGCUCUCGGUACUGACGAAACCACAUUCAGGUUUUCGUAUCGCUUUCAACAUGUUUGACACGGAUGGUAACCAACGCGUCGACAAGGAUGAGUUUCUCGUGAUCCGGCAACUGCUCGGAGGAUCGCUGAAGGAUCGUGAUCUUGAUGAAGCCACGCGUAAAGCUCUGCUGCAUCUCGUGUCGACCAGUGCUCAAGCGAAAUUUUUGCUCAAAAACUAUCGCGAGCAGAAACCGAAACAAUCAGUCAACGCUCAGCAGGACCAAGUGGAGUCCUCCCCAAUCGAAGGCACGGAGCCGCAACCACCAGUUGACAAGAGUAGAAUGAGAAGAUUAAUGGAGAAAAUUUUCAGCUUCGCUUGGAAGGGCAAACGUGGUAUCGAAGCCAAGGAAGGCGAAGAGCCUGGAGAACAUGAUGAUUACGUCGACGAUGAGCAGGGCUUGCAGAGGAAGCACAAGGUGGACACGACGCUGCAGGUUCACUUUUUUGGCAAAAAAGGAGAUAAAGACCUGCAGUAUGAUGGGUUCUACAACUUCAUGAAGAACCUACAGACCGAAGUACUAGAGCUGGAGUUUUGCGAAUUUUCCAAGGGCCACGAGCGCAUCUCAGAGGUUGAUUUUGCAAAAAUUUUACUUCGCUACACAUAUCUGGAUACGGAUGAGUACGAUAAUUAUUUGGACCGUCUGCUGGAUCGAGAGGCCAAGGAGAAGGGCGUUUCUUUCGAUGAGUUCCGUCAGUUUUGCCAGUUUCUUAACAAUCUGGACGAUUUCUCAAUCGCAAUGCGAAUGUACACGCUCGCCGAUCAGCCAAUCUCGAAAGAUGAGUUUUCACGAGCGGUUAAAAUUUGUACCGGUUCCGAGCUGAACUCGCACCUCAUCGACACUGUGUUCGCCAUUUUCGACGAGGAUGGUGAUGGUCUGCUUUCGUACAAGGAAUUCAUCGCCAUCAUGAAGGAUCGCGUUCACCGCGGAUUCAAAUCCAACGUCAAAUCCGAGGGUUGGGAAGCGUUCAAGCACUGUUUAAAACAAGAAAUGAAGCAAAAUGUUUAAGAGCGUCCAAAGCACAAAUGAUCUAUUUCUCCUUCCCUUAUAACUCAACUUCUCUCUUUGAUAUUCUACUACCCGCGGUUUCCAUUAGAAAAAAAACAUAACCUAGGCAAAAUGCAGUGCCAUAAACUAUGACUAUCCGAUCUCUUCCCGCCCCCAUCGUGAUGCGCACGAAAACGAACAAUACGGCUCGUUGGUGGUUGCCACUGCAUGCUAAAGAUAUGUUAUGAACAACAAGGCUCAACCACCAACGCAUGCACAUGAUUUUACUUAAUUUAGAAAACAAAUGCGCUUCUUGUCAUUAUGACCGGCACGGUUGUUAAGAAACGAGAUUUCUUUCUUGUUAUCUAACUUCUCUUUGAUAAGAGAACAAUUUUAACGUUUCAUUAUACUAAUCUCUGGCUGGAUUGUUUUGCGAUCCUUUUAAAGAAAGGCACUUAGCUUCAAAAGCAUACGUUGUUGUUUGUCGCGAAAUGAAACAGAUCUACGGAUCAGUAAACUGUUUGUUACUCUAGUGAAUGAUGUGACUUACGUAUUUAUUUAAACUAAUCACCAUAUGCUUUUAAAGUUGUCUGUUUAGCAAAAGAAAUCUUUCCUUAGUCCGCCCACAAACUUGCCUUUAAGAAUGAGUAUACUUUUGCUUUCAAUGUUUUAUAUAAGAGAAAGUUGUUUUGUCCUGAUACAUAUGAAAUCGUAAAAUAAGGAACGUAUUAUUUCAGAGUACGAUGGAUUAAAGCUCAAUAUGCACUAGUUUGUGCUACGCGCACGAUAAUAUCUAGUGUGUUUGAGCCAUAUUUUGAAAAGUACUUUAUAUGAGUUGUAGUGAAAUGUAACAAUCAAAUUGAUAGCUUACCUCUGCGAUGCUAUGAUCUUUAUAAAACUAUUACCAUAACACAUUUUGUUCACUCGUUUGUUUUUGAAUUAAAAGUCUGGAACGAU